AUGAAAAAAUACUUCAUUUUGCUUUCGUAAUUAAAGUUCCGUGCGCUCAAAUUUGAAAACCCCGAAACUUAGCGUGCCUUUUCCGACGCUUUUUUGGCCUUGCUUUUUGACAACAAAGAUUCGAACAUUUUUUGCUAAAUUCUAUUCAAAAUUGCUAAAAGAUGACUGAAAAUGGUGUAAAAGCCGAAAUGGAUCAGGAAGAAGAAGACAACUUGUUACACUCUGAUGAAUACAAAUUCCUGGUAGAAUAUGGCAUUUCAAAAAAAGUUGCAUCAGAGCUAGAAAACAUUUAUACAACAGGCAAACUUUCACAUUCAGAACUUGAUGAAAGGGCCCUGGAUGCCCUGAAAGAAUUCAACCCAGAUGAUGCUGUCAAAGUACUUCAACAGUUUACUGAGAGUAGUCUUGAACAUGUGACAAACAAAAGUGCUUUCCUCUGUGGUCAGAUGAAAACAUUCAGACAAAAAAGUAAAGGUGGUGGACCAAAUGCUGCACCCAAAGGUCCAGAUCCAGAUAAAAUUAAGGAAAUACUUGAUAAAUCUGGAUACACUUUAGAUGUGACUACUGGUCAAAGAAAGUAUGGUGGACCUCCACCUGGUUGGGAAGGCACACAGCCUGGCCCAGGGCAUGAG